AUGGCCAGUAAUUACAAGUUCACCGAAGCAGAAUGUCAUAUGACCCACCCCGACACAUUGCUUUGUCGUAUGCUCUCAAUGACAGCAACUUUGCCUACCCCUAGCUCGCAACAUCUGCCCACUACCCAAAUCGGAAAAGGACAAUGUGGCACGAUCACUACUUUUCGCAGAGGAGAACUCGUCAAGAAAACACCGAAUUCGAUCGAAAAGAUAGCUGAGCUGCGUGGCGAGUAUUGGUCCCACCGCGAUAUUCUUGAGGCUUUCGAUUAUGCUCCAGAGGCCUUGUCAAGCAAAGCCCAGGUGAAUGACGAGCGGGAUGCCUUUUUGUCAGAAUAUGGCUAUACAUUACUCUCUGGGCGCAUAUUGCCGCUCCAUGAUCUUAUCGCAGAGGCUCUGCUGAAGUCUCUGAUACCUUCUUUUUCGGCAAAUCAGCGAGAAACAUGCCUGAGCAAUCCUACAAACAACAACUGUCUGGUACGCUUGUAUCUUGGUCGUCGAGGUGUGAGUAGGAGUAAGGUGUGGGCCGAGGACAUGAGCCUUCGCAACUUCCCCAUGCAUGUUGAUGAGAUGGAACGACUUUCUUUGCCAAUCACUGCAUACAUAACGACAAUGGCACAAUCUCUGGCUCUCAUGCACUGGAAAGUUGGUAUCGAUGCAAACGAUGUUGAAUUCGUUCUCGGUGAUUCUAUUGGAGGCGACAAAAACAGAGAUGGUCACGCUGUCUCUAUUUGGCUACUGGACUUCAAUCAGUGUCAAAGAUUCAAUCACGAUCAGGCUGGACUAAAGCAAAUUGUAGAUGGCUUUUGGUGGAAUGACCCGUAUUAUCCUCGUCCUAGUUCUUCGCAUCCACAGGAUAGAGUGUGGUGGGAUACAUUCUUGAGCAGAUAUCUAGAUGCAAGUGCUUUGUUGACGAACAGCGAGAUGCCGAGAGAGUUCAUACAGGUGGUGGAAGAAGAAGGCGAACGUCGGCGAGUGAGGCCUUCGUUCUUUGAGUAG